AUGUAUACCCCCUCCCUCCUCCUAGCAACUGCCCUCCUCACCCUCCUCGCCACCGCAUCCCCCACCGGCACGCAACCCCCCGCGGCCCCCAUCUGCGGCACCUGCAACCCGCUCUCCGGCCAGAACAACUGCGACGUGACCACCUCGUGCAUCAACACGGGCACGCGCUUCCACUGCGCCUGCCGCGCGGGCUACAAGGCCUCGCCCGCCAACGCCGACGUCUCCAAGCAGUUCCGGCUGCCCUUCCCCAACUACCAGUUCCUGGUCUUCGUCCCCGAGUUCACCCAGUGCAAUACGCUGUGCGACAACCCGUACGGCGCGAGUCCGCAGCUCUGUGCCGAGGUGCCGGUUCAGAAUGCUUGUCCGGUUUAG